GUCCGGUGUGAAGCUGUUGGAGGCGCUGGGCCUCGAUCCUGGCGACGGCAGGAACCACGUUGUGCUGAAUUCCGGGCAGGAGCUGCAGGAGACGUUCGCUUACUUCAUGCAGAAAGGGGCGGCCGCCGAGCGCUUCUUCAGCGACGCCGACACCUUCCACCGCAUCGCGCAGACGGCCUCCGAGGACCCCGAUGCACAGCUCUAUGUAGGAGGAAAUGCGGCUCUUAUUGGUCAGAAACUUGCAGCAAACCCAGACCUGAAGAUCCUCCUCUGUGGCCCAAUUGGUCCAAAGCUUCAUGAGCUUCUUGAUGACAACGUAGUUGUGCCACCUGAAUCCAUGCAGGAAAGGGAUGAAUUCCAUCUUAUCUUGGAGUACCAAGCAGGUGAAGAGUGGGGACAAGUGAAAGCACCCAGUGCCAACCGCUUUAUCUUCUCUCAUGACUUAUCAAAUGGUGCCUUAAAUAUGUUGGAAGUGUUUGUGUCCAGCUUGGAUGAAUUCCAGCCAGAUCUCGUGGUACUCUCAGGACUUCACAUGAUGGAGGGCCAGAGCAAGGAGAUGCGGCAGAGACGGCUGCUGGAAGCUGUGGCCUCCAUAUCUGAUAUCCCUACUGACAUUCCCAUACAUCUGGAAUUGGCCAGCAUGACUGAUCAGGAUCUCAUGAGCAACAUUAUGCAUCAGGUCUUUCCCCUGGUGAACUCCCUGGGGCUGAAUGAGCAGGAGCUGCUGUUCCUCACGCAGGCUGCCUCCGGGCCCCACGCCUCCCUGGCCUCGUGGGAUGGAAUUCCCGAUGUGGGCAUCGUCAGCGACAUCCUCUUCUGGAUCCUGAAGGAGCACGGGAGGACCACGGACAGGGCCUCCGAUCUCACCCGCAUCCACUUCCACACCCUGGCCUAUCACAUCCUCGUGACAGUGGAUGGCUACUGGGGCAACCAGGCGGCAGCCGUGGCCGCGGGCGCCAGAGCCGCAGGGACACAGGCCUGUGCAACUGACACUAUCGACACCAGCAAAGUCUUUCUUAAAGCUCCUCUGGAGUUUGUGACCUCCCAGACAGAGGCCCCCUCCAAAAUAUCUUUAAAUCCAGAUGAGCCCGUGGUGCAUUGGCACAGAGAAGGCAUCUCAUUCCACUUCACUCCCGUUCUGGUGUGCAAAGAUCCCGUGCGGACCGUGGGACUCGGGGAUGCUAUUUCAGCUGAAGGACUGCUCUAUUCCGAAGUGUAUUCUCAGUAGCAGACCAAGACCCUACCUUUUCUCCAGGACUGUGUGGUGUCUGAGGAAUCACGGUGUUCUCRUUAGGAUUUCUGCCAGCAGUGGCAUAGGAAUAGAAUUAGGGUGCGAUACAAUUUCUGGAUAUAGCUAAAAAGAGCCAAAGAGUAAUUCCAGGUAUAAGCUGUCAGAUACAUUCCAGUCACUUGGCAGUGACUCAAACGUUUCACAUCUAAGUGCAGAGGUUUUCAUAUUUUAGAAAGCAAAGAYUGCCUUUUCUUUGUCUUAAGCAUGUGGGGAGGGAAGCAAGUAUCCAAAUCCCUGUUUGGAGGAGAUUUGCUGUCCGUAACCACGCACUGGUCUCGUCCGCUAGUGCUCCAGAGUGGAGCAGCCAGGAGACUUYCUUGCUUGGGGAUCAGCAGUCCUGGGCCCUGCCUCGCUUCUGAGAAAGAGAAAAUAAAAGGCUCCUGCAUAAUGUCCUUGCGCCACGUGGCUGCAGGGCAAGAGCAAACCUUGUGCUUGCUUGGUGUGACCAUCAUACUGACAAAAUYACCUCUCAACCUCAAUGCCCUGCACUGCAGGGAGCCAGAGCCCUGAAAUGUGAUGGAGGCCGCACGUGCUGCGGUGUGUGCAGCACCCACGCCACGCCGCGGCGGCCGCCCCACGGCGCUGCCUGCCUCUCUCCCACUUGUGUUCAGCUGAGCCUGGCAGCCUGCACUUAGGCAAGGAAAAGUGAAGAUAAUCAGGGUCUAUAUUUGAGGAAGCAGCUUUAUUUACUUGUUGAAUUAACCCAGGUAAAGUUCUGGGAUUAUUUAUAAACUAAAUACUGAGAAUUUCCUUUGCUUCCUCUGCCAACAGUAGGUGCUUGUAUCUGAUCAGUUCCAGCUUCCAAAACAGCUACCGGCUGCUGGACGCUAAAUUUUUGUUUGAGAACAGCAACUCCUCUGCUGUUCCCCUCCGCUCCACUCAGGAGAGUUAAGAUAUUUAUUAGGCACAGUCCCUCUGGGGCCUGGAAAGCUGUGAAAGCAGCUUUUUUGACUGAAGCGAGGCUCUUACGCUGGAGGAAGUUGCUGAUAAUAGUUUCUUUGCUUUGGACAGUCUCUGAAAUGAGGAAAAGAAAUAGAUCUUGUGUGUCUUCCCAGCCCAAUGAUGCCUAGUAUCUUGGCAUGACUAGUGUAGAAAUCUUGCCAAAUACCUUGUUUGUGCAUUUUUCUAGUGCUAGUAGCACCCUCUCACUUGCUCAGGCUAUUCUGCAUCGACCCAGUAUCUUCUCUGUUGCCUGUGUCUCCUUCCAAGAACUGUGGUGUGUUUGCAGUGCUGUCAUACACGUUUUUCUGUAUAAGUAAAUUAAAUGCAAUCAAUGUAUCUAUGCAAGCCAGGCCUGGGGACGAAUCUGCAUCUGAACGGAGGGCAGCGACACGCAGCCCCAUCGCGUCGGCUGCAGUGASCGGGUGCUGCUGUCGUUUUCCUGUUGGAAAAGCUCUGUAAGGAUAAAAAUUGCAGCUGUUGUAACCUGCCUGAGCCCCGAACUGCCUGCCCGUCCCCGUGCAGCGUGUGCUCUGCAGGGUCUGCAGGGAUCAUCCCAACACUGGACUUCUUCUGGCCAGAACUGAUUUUUGAUGAAUUGUUGCAUGGGUCUCAGCUCUGUUUUAGUCUUUCUAAAGAAAAGACACAACCAAAUGAACAGUGYCUGCUUUGAGCCAUCUAAAGGCCUGAGGCCACCGGCAGGGUUGUUUCGGAGCCUUUGAUCCCAGCCCAGAGCCACCAAAGGCUGCASAGCUGCAGAACUAGCUCUC